AGGUGAGGAGUGUAGCAGGUGAGGAUCUGGCACAGGCAUCUGAGUCGAGGCAUAAGUAGCUGGCAAACAGGAAACUGUGAAAAUGAUUAAGCUGCUAGUGUCUGCGCUGUUGGUCCUGGUGACCAUCUCCUCAACGCUGGGAAAGCCUGAGAAGGCUGCACCCAAGAAGGAGAAGAGGGUCCCUCAGACUCUGUCCAGAGGGUGGGGUGAUGAACUUAUCUGGACUCAGACCUAUGAGGAGGCCCUGUUCAGAUCCAAGACAAACAACAAGCCCUUGAUGGUCAUCCUUCACCUGGAGGACUGCCCACACAGCUUGGCGCUGAAGAAGGCCUUUGCGAGCAACAGCGAGAUCCAGAAGAUGGCUGAUGAGGACUUCAUCAUGCUGAACCUCAUGUACGAAACCACAGACAAGCAUCUCUCUCCUGAUGGCAAGUAUGUGCCCAGAAUCCUUUUUGUGGACCCUUCUCUGACAGUAAGGGCUGACAUCACAGGAAGAUACGCUAACCGCAUGUAUGCAUAUGAGCCAGCUGAUGUGGAUCUCUUGAUCAGCAACAUGAAGAGGGCCAAGAAGCUGCUGAAGACCGAGUUGUGACUUUUCGCGUUUGCUUCAUGACCUGUGACCUCUCCGGUUCUUCGUCAUAUCCUGGAAGUGGAGAUUCGUUGUCGUGCACUGUUUGAAUUGUUUACCGAAGCAAAGCCGAGCACCGGGAUGCUGCGUCUUUAGUGUGGAAGGAUAUGAUUCUCUUCGUAGGAUUCUCUUAUUGUUCAGUCUCAUCUCUAGGUCCUCACCUUUCUUUUUUUGCCUUUUUCAAUAAAUGUAAGUGUUCUCAA